UCAAUGGAGACCGAAUCAACAGACUCAUUAAGUCCAAUUGAUUUCUCCACUAAAAGCAACUUACAAUCCCACAUUGACUCAUGGUCCAAGCUAUCGCUCCUGCAUCACUGCCGGGAACUAAAAGAGGCUCCAACUGUCAAAUUUCAUGCAGCAUCAUCCAUCGAAUCAUCGCCUGAUAGAUUACUUGAAAAUUUUAGCUCAGUAGAAUUCAGCAUGUUCGGAAAAUGAUGACAGACGC